GGAGAGUAGCUAUAGCAAAGGAAAACAUUCCACUGAUGAUUGAGUUGCAGUUAUGGGUACCUUUCACUGCUUUUGAACCAUUCGAUGGCCGUUUUCUUGGGAGUGAUGAUGAUUUUCUUUGUCAGUCAAAAAACCGACUCUCUCUGUCUCUCUUGCAGAGAUCAGAUUCCUCUCUGUCACAGAUUUGCUACUGACUCGGAUGAUUCUCUUUCCCUUUCUCCCUAAUAACAAUAAAAAAAACCAGCUUUGUUAGCUUUGUGUUGUACUGCUCUGUUAGCUGCUAAAAGAAGGCGUGAAAGCUGUCUCUAUCAGUCUAUCUGCUAUUUAAUGAGACAGGGACAAACAGAAAGAGGACUUGCUGUGAAAAUAGGAGACAUGAGAGGACUAGAGAGAGCAGUAGAAUUGCUUAGACCUUUUGUUGACUCAAAGGCCUGGGAUUGCUGUGUUGUUUGGAAAUUGGGUGAUGAUCCUUCAAGGUUUAUUCAGUGGAUGGGUUGCUGUUGCAGUGGCGGUGGUGGCGGCGAUGGUGGUAAAGUUAAGGAGGAAAGAAUAGAUGAGAAUGUAGGGAUUUGCAGGGAUUUGUAUUUUAAGCAUCCAAUUAGGACCAAGGCAUGUGAGGCUCUUGCUUGUUUCCCUUCUUUCAUGCCUUUAUAUUCUGGAAUUCAUGGAGAGGUGGUAUUGUCAAAGCAAUCAAAGUGGGUUACUCGUGUCAAUGCCUCAGACUCGAAAUUCUCUCAUGAAUCAAUUGGAACUAGAGUUCUAAUCCCAGUAUCUGGUGGACUUAUUGAGCUAUUUGCAGGCAAACAUAUACCCAAAGAUCAGAAGAUUAUAGAAUUUAUUACAUCACAGUUUAAUGUCCUAAAACAAGAGGUCAUGAUUGCACAUGGCUUCACUGGCCUCAAUGAGCUCUGCCUUGAUCCAUUUCUUGAGCAGAAUAUGCAGAACUUGCCAAAACCUUGUCAGUUGUUAAGUUUGAUUCCUCAAGCGCAGGUCCUUCACCCAUUAAACCAAACCAAUACCCAUUCUAGCUUUGUAGUUUCUUCCAGUGGUUCCAGUCCACCAAAUGGGCUUCCAUCAUUGGAUUCACAUUCUAGUUACUUACCUCAGACUGUAAUUUCAAAGCAAUCUAUCGGAAAACGCUCUGCCCCAAGAAAAUCAAAGAAACAAGCAGGUCUAUUGCCAGAAUGUAACAACAAAGUUGCAAAAGUUAAUCAGAGAUCUGAAAGAGAUCAGUUCCGAUCUAAGAAUCUUGUUACUGAAAGGAAUAGGAGGGACAGGAUUAGAGGUGGGCUCUUUACCCUGCGUUCUCUAGUGCCCAAGAUAACUAAGAUGGAUAAAGCUUCUACUCUUGGGGAUGCAAUCAAUUACAUUGUUGAGUUGGAGGAGGAGGCGAAGAAACUCCAGGAUGAGCUCAAGGAAACCAAAGCAGAGGAAUGCAAAAGCUCUGAUGCAGAAUUGCUAACUCUCAAGUCAAAGGCAUUACAGGAUGGCAGCAAAAACAUGCAACCUCCUGAUAACAACCAAGAUUUUUCUGGUUUUGGUGAAAAUAAGAAGAUUGAGUUGCAGCUAGAAAUAAACCAGAUUGGUAAAAGAGAAUUCCUGAUUAGGGUCUUAUAUGAGAAAAAGCAAGGAGGAUUUGGAAGGUUGAUGGAUGCCAUACAUUCAUUGGGACUUCAAGUUGUUGAUGCGAAUAUGACAACAUUUAAUGGCAAGGUCCUGAACAUUCUCAGGGUUGAGGCUGAUGAAAAGGAAAUUCAACCAAAGAAAUUAAAGGAGUCAUUGCUGAAGCUGGGGGGAUAGACAGUCUGGACAACAGAUUGUCAAAUGCAGAAGAAUCGGGAGAAUAAUUUUGGUCUACAGAAAUUGGGAGAGUUAAAAGAAUUUAAGUUGGAGGCUCUUCCGUUCAUGUAAUGGCAGUUAAGGUCGCUACAGGUCUCCUCCAUUAGCCCUGAGAUUCAAAUAUACAAUUAGUUGUAAACUUGAAACUCUUGAUGUAGCUCAUACAGAAUUACAUAUCCCCCGUCAGCUUAGCCUCUGUGGGAAGAUUUUCGUUGUGGGGAUCGUGUGUAAAUCCUUUCUUACUUAACUUUCAUUACAGAAGCGCGAUAUGAUCAUUGAAGACUCAUUGUAGAAAUGCGUUCCAGGUUCUAUUGUUCCUUUGUGGUAUUCUCUUUCCUCCACAAAGUAAAAGUUCCUUUGUUUUUCCGCA